AAAAAUCUUGUUUUUCCGCCCAAACCUCAAAAAGAAAACUCGUUAAUUUUGAAAUAAUUCUAAUGUAAAUAUAUUAAACUAAAUAAUUAAAUGUAAUAUAGUUAAAAUUAGUAUCAAACAUAUGAUUAAAUCAACACAAGAGUAUUUUGGUAAUUUGUUUACUAAACUCAUUCGAAUGGAAAUAAAAAUAAUGAAACAAACAUAAGAUCCAUUUAGAUGAUUCAUAUAGAUGAGCUAUGUGGAUGAAUAAACAAACAAACAAUCACAAAAAUCUAAAUGGAUCAUCUAAAUAGAUCAUACAAAUAAAUCAUUUGGAUGGAGAUGACAAAUGGUGAAAUAAACAGCCGUUAGUUCUCUAACUGAACCGACCUUUCAAACCGAAACCGAACUUUUCCAACAAUAACUUCAGGGUUCAGGCCUACCUGAAUGCAUAUAGCUAUUUUUAUAUUCUUUUGAUGGGUCUGGGUUCCGGUUUAAAUCCGGAUAGGUCUCGGGUCGGAUCCGGUUUUCCACAUCUUCUUUAUGCAAGUUUCUCACUUUCCGGUGGGAAAUCAAGAAAUUUGUAUCUUGACGAAUCGCCAUGGCUGCCAACGGCGACGGAUUCUCAAACGCUUCCAUGGAAAAUCUUACGUGCCACGUAGAGAAACGCCCGAUCUCCACCAUCGUCUUCAUCGUCGCAGCUAUGCAAAAGGAAGCUCAGCCUCUUAUCGAGAGGCUCCGCCUCGUCAAAGACGUUAACUCGCCGUUUCCAAAAGAGGUGGCUUGGGUUCUGUUUAAAGGAAUGUAUAAAGACUUGAACAUUAAUAUAGUAUGCCCAGGAAAAGAUUCAGCUCUUGGGGUUGAUAGUGUAUGUACGGUUCCUGCAUCUCUCGUGACGUAUGCAUCUAUACAAGCGCUUCAGCCGGACCUAAUCAUUAAUGCAGGAACCGCUGGUGGGUUUAAGGCCAAAGGAGCAAGUAUUUGCGAUGUUUAUAUUGUUUCCAGUUCUGCUUUCCAUGACAGAAGGAUACCUGUUCCUGUCCUUGAUCUAUAUGGUGUUGGUAUGCGGAAAGCCUUCCCUACACCCAACCUUAUUAAGGAGCUGAACCUAAAGGUGGGACGAUUAUCCACUGGUGAUUCUAUGGAUAUGUCUCCACAUGACAAAGAAUCCAUCACAGCAAAUGAUGCUACAGUUAAAGACAUGGAGGGAGCAGCAGUGGCCUAUGUGGCUGAUAUUUUUAAGGUUCCUACGAUUUUAAUAAAAGGAGUAACUGAUAUUGUGGACGGAAAUAAACCAACCUCAGAGGAGUUUUUGGAGAAUUUAGCUGCAGUCACUGCCCAACUUGAUGAGUCCAUUACCAAAGUGAUUGACUUCAUCAGUGGCAAGUGUCUUUCAGACCUCUGAAGAGAGAGAGGUUCACGUUUUUAAUAAAGAUUCAAGCAAAAGGGAGAGGUUAUAGGCAAAUUAGGCAAUAGGUUGGAGCAGUGAGUUCAUUUUAACUCCAUUUUUCCUCAUGAGUUCUCUUUUUUGGCUCUCUUUCAUAUGAUGAUGGAUCAGUCUCAUAUGUAGAAACUCAACAAAUUUUGAUACCAAUCAACAUAACAAGAUUUGCUUUCAUCUUAUUUCA